AUGUCACUGUAUUUUGUAAAUGGUGUUGUGAGUCAGGGCGUCGUUGACGCGGAGCUCGUUUUUGCGCACCCCAUUCUGCCCAUUGUGGCGUCUGUGUGGAAAGGGCCGGCGCGCCUGCUAGUAACAGAUGCCGAAGGUGAGUUUAUUGCCGAUAGCGGAGCACAAUUGGCAUUGAAAGACGCAGGCAGCAUCACCUCCAUGGCGUGGCAUCCCACUCACUCGGCAUUGGCGAUUGGGUGCUCGUCUGGGAGACUUAUGAUGUGGUCACUUCCCCCGGUAAAGAAAACAGCCAUCUCCAUGAUCCCACUAGAGCCACCGGUAGAUACUGAAAAGGCAUUACCACAGCACGACGAAGGUUCCGUGACGGCGUGCGUGUGGUCUGGUGGCGGGACAUACUUGCUGACCGCAUCGAAAAAGCUGCGUGUGGUAAUGUGGAUGGUGGAAAGCACGACUGUGAACACGGGGGAAAAUGAUAAGGAUGGCGCCACGACAAUGAUGCGAUUUAGACUUUUACCACUGUGGUCUGUGCCAACAGAAGUGGCUAUUUUGCAAGCACUGCACGUCACCUCUUCUAUUGCGCUUUCUCUUCAGCAGUCUGCACAACGGUUGCAACGGUACAACACAGAAGGUACUUCGUCGCCGACGUCCGCUUCUCAUCGUGGCAUAGAUGAUGAGGGCGAUGAGUGCGCGUUUUUUCUUGCUAGCACCGGUGACAAACACAUUUUUGCACUAACAGAAGAUCGGAAGCUUUUCCCACUUUGCUCACUGGACGAACCGCUCAUGGCGGUACUCUACGACUCAGCAGAACGGCAACUUGUUGCGUUGAGCGCAGCGAAUGUGAUUAGUAUAUACCACGUCUCAGAAGAGUUUAAAGUGAAAAUGGUUCUUCGCCGUAAAUUGUCGACUCCAAACGUAAAGACGGAACGAUUUACGCUGACGAUGCGGUGGGCCACACCAGGAGUUCUUGCGUUUGGGUGCGGGGACAAUCGGGUGCGUUUUUUUGACAUUCGUGACGACCGGGUGUAUGUUUUGUCGCAUCCAGCGCUAGCCGCUGCUCACAUCACGCACAUUGCAACUCUUUUGAAGAAGGGUUUAUUAGCCAUGGCAACCGCAGAAGGGCCGCUCGCCGUAUUUCAGCGAAAUGCAGAAGCAUAUUUUAAUGGGAACUCUGCCACCACGGCGGCCGUCAAUUCGGGUGCUGCAAAGAUGGACAACCGCCCCAUGGGUGGCAAUAUAAGUAAAGUGGAAAACGAUCCGGCGGAGCAGUGGGACUUGUUGACUGUUGUUGAUAUGGAGGGAUGCGUGGAUAGUUUGAGCUUUACCACUGCGAGUCACAUAGUUGUCGCUCUUGCAACGGGAAAAAUGCAGGUUCUUCGCGAAACGGUCCGAAAACGUGCGUGGGAUGGCGUUGUGGCCGCAACACAAAUAUCCAUGGAAAUGGUCGUGGUGGAGAGUGUCACUGGCUGCCAGUGCCUGUUGAAGAGUGGCAGUAAGAUUCGCGGCAUGGCUGCCGCCUUUCCCAUUAUUGGACUUUGGAAUGGUCACCAAAUAGACCUUUACACUGUCAGCGAGGCAAAGUCAACGGCUACCUUGACAAAUUUCAUACCAACAACAAGUCCAGCCUUUGCUGUGCAUCCUGAGGGGCUAUUUUAUGUGAAGGAUGCCAACCGCGUCUUGUUUACCAAUUUCCAACUUGUGACAAUUGGCCAAAUUGCCUUUACCGAGACGGAAGGGACGCCGAUUGUCAUUGAUGUGAUGGGUGAUGUUGUCGUGACCAUUUCCUCCACGAAUGCCAUGCGGAUAGCAUGCGUGAGUGGGCGUGAAUUACGUCAACUGGGUCCACCACGUCAACUCACACUUCCAGACGACAGUAUAGUUGUGACCGAUGCGAAGGUGAAUGCGCAA